AUGGAGGGCACAGAAUCAUCCGCCGGCUCUCAGCAGCCUCAUCUGCCACCGGGGUUCCGCUUCCACCCCACGGAUGAGGAACUGGUGGUUCACUACCUCAAGAAAAAGGCCGCCUCCACCCCUCUCCCGGUGGCCAUAAUUGCAGAAGUUGAUCUCUAUAAAUUUGAUCCAUGGGAGCUUCCCGCUAAGGCUACGUUUGGGGAGCAAGAAUGGUACUUUUUCAGUCCAAGAGAUCGGAAGUAUCCGAACGGGGUUCGGCCUAAUCGGGCGGCGACUUCGGGAUAUUGGAAGGCAACCGGUACUGAUAAGCCGGUUAUGACCGCCGGAGGAACUCAGAAAGUAGGAGUGAAGAAGGCACUGGUUUUCUACGGUGGAAAGCCUCCUAAAGGGAUUAAAACCAAUUGGAUCAUGCAUGAAUAUAGGCUUACUGAGAACAAACCAUAUUCAAUGCCUCCAAGCUGUGAUUUAGCCAAUAAAAAGGGCUCUUUAAGGCUUGAUGAUUGGGUACUAUGUCGAAUUUACAACAAGAACAAUGAGCAAAGGCCUAUGGAUCAAGAACGGGACGAUAUGAUGUCGAUACCUCCAUCGAUACCUAUGGGACUAAAGGGAGCAUCAAACUAUGGAACAUUGCUAGACAACGAACAAAACUUGUACGAGGGGAUGAUAAGCAACGACGUCGCGAUGAACAAUGAUUCGCUAAUUUCAUCCGGUACUACCAAAUCAGAACUUUCAUUAAUGGUUGGUUCAAAGAGGAAUUUAUACUGGAACAACAAUAUCGAAGAAGGAAAUGGGAAUCCAUCGCCUCCAACAAAAAGAUUUCUUGGAGAAAAUAAUUGUGAUGACACAAAUUCCAUUGCAACCAUUUUAAGCCAGCUUCCACAGACGCCUUCUCUGCAACAACAAGCAAUGCUCGAUGGGGUCUUUCGACUACCCUAUCAAGUUUCUGGCGUAAAUUGGUACUCGUAG